AUGGCAGAUCAUCAAGAGUCUGUGGACGUACAGUUCCCCCCGGGCACCGUUCGGCUCGAGCGCAUCCUCGACCGCACAAAAGGAGAAAUCAUCCUCCAUCCCAGACCAACGGCCGAUCCCAAUGACCCGCUCAACUGGUCGAAAUGGUACAAAGCCUGGAACUUCUCGCUCGUCUGCUUCUACACCCUCAUGGUGUUUGUGAACCUCGACAUCGGCACCGUGGUGUGGGGCGACACGCAGGAAGAUCUCGGCUACACCUUAUCGCAGAACACCUGGGGCUUCGGACUCAAUACGCUCGGCCUGGCGUUCGGGUGCAUCCUGUUCAUUCCGUUUGCGUUGAAGUACGGCCGCCGACCGGUGUAUAUCUUGUCUGCGGCAGCGGAUUUGGCGACGGCGAUUUGGCAGGCUAAAAUGCAGACCGUCGGCGAUCUGUAUGGAUCGAAUCUCAUCUCUGGGUUGGCUGGUGCUAUUAGUGAGACCAUCUGCCAGAUGACGAUUGCCGACAUGUUCUUCGUGCACCAGCGCGGCACGGCGAACGGCGUUUUCAUUGUCAUGGUCAACAUCGGAGCCUUCUUGAUCUUUUGGUGGACUACCAUCUUCUUUGCCAUCCUCUUGGUUGUGUUCAUCUUCUUUUACGAGGAUACCAAGUACAUCCCAGCCGCCCAUGGCACGAUUGCCAUUUCCGAGGAUGAAGACGCGCGCGUUGUUGUAGGAGCUGAGAGCAAUAUCGACGGCAAAGUCGACAGCAAAGGCGAGGACAUCAGACAGACCGAGUCCGCACUCUCACAACAGCACACCCACGGCUCCAGCAUCCCGCGCAAGACGUACUGGCAACGCUUGAAAUUCACCACGACAUCGCCGGGAGGCUUUGCGCCUUUCCUCAAGCACAUGUAUUUGCCGUUCGUUAUUGUCCUGACCUUCCCGGCCUUCACGUACGCCGCAAUCAUCUACGGCUCGCUCUUAGCCUGGUUCUCCGUCGUCGUCUCCGUCUACAGCGGCUACUUCAUCCUGCCACCCUACAACUUCUCCGCCGUGGGCGUAGGCCUGAUGAAUCUCCCGCCCUUCAUCGGAAGCGUCAUCGGAUCCGUGUACGGCGGACUGCUAAGCGAUUGGCUGAUUGUGCGUCUCUCGCGCCGCAACAACGGAAUCUACGAGCCCGAGAUGCGGCUGUGGCUGGCACUGCCGGCCGUUUUUAUCCUUCCGGGCUCGCUCCUGUUCUUCGGGUUGCCCACGGCUGAGGGGCUGCCGUGGAUUAUUCCUGCCGUGGGUGCGGGAUUUUUUGGGUUCGGCUUUUCUGCCCUGGCUGAUAUUGCUUUGACGUAUGCGAUGGAUUGCUAUCAAGAGAUUAUCGGAGACGGCUUCGUGGCCGUGUGCUUUGUGCGAAACGCCUGCGCGACGAUUGUGGCGUUCCUCUUGACGAAUUGGAUCGACGGCGUUGGUCUCGCGGCCUUGUUUUGGACAUGUGCUGCGCUGUGUCUUGCGCUGGGAUGUUUGACGUUCCCCUUGAUGAUAUAUGGCAAAAGACUCCGCAUCUGGACGGCUCCGCGGCUCAAGGUCAUGGCCUCGAGGCAGUUUGGGCAUCGCGAGUCGUAG